UUUUUAUAUAUCUAUGCAGAAAAAUGGCAUGUUCUGAGAUUGACAUGCUGAGUGAUGAAUCUUUGGAGGAGGACAUCUAUUCUGACUCCUCUGACUUUUACGUUGCUAUUAAACCUCAGGGUGGUGGGAUUGACUCGUUAGCAGAGUUUGACUUGACGACUGCCGCUUAUAAGGUGAAGGAAGGGAACAAUGGUUCUAAAUACCCUGUAGACAUCAUAAUGAGAGUGGACAUGACAAUCAAAGAUGUAGCGAAGAGACAUGUACUGCCUUUCCUCCCUGCUAAAUCACUGACGAAGUUUCGGGCAGUGUCCAAAGAAUGGAAUCAGUGGAUAACUAGUCCAUUACUCGCGUACAAUCAAAGUUCAACAUUCCAGAAACUUUCAGGCUACUUUUAUCAAAGACUGGAAAAUAAAGAUGAUCUUCCUAUAUUUUUGUCUCUGCAUCGUUCCGCGAACGGAGUCCCGAGUCCUUCCCUUGGUUUCUUGCCUGAGGUUGUUAAAGUACUAAGUUCUAGCAGCGGGUUGCUCCUUUGUCAGGGGAAGGACAGUUAUUACGUUUGCAAUCCUGCAACCAAACACUGGAAAAAGCUUCCUCCUCCUCAAUAUUACCAUGGAUCUGAUCCUGCAGUUGCUCUUGCAUUUGAUCCUCAGUUUAAUAUUGAAUCAUUUUAUCGCGUGGUCGCUGCAGUCCCUGUUCUUGAUCAUCCAGUUGUCUGCUUUGAGAUUUACUGUUCUGAAUCAGAUUCAUGGAGGUGCUCUCCUUCAGACUGUCUAGAGCUGGAAAAUACAAGUCUUGCAGGUGGAGGAUCUUAUAUGAAGGGGGUGGCUUACUGGAGGAAUACAUCAUCGAAUGAAGUGUUAGCGUUCGAUGUGAAAAAUGAGAUUCCAGCAGUUUUACAUGUACCUAAUAUUCAAUCUGAACAACGUGGUGCCUUAAUUCAGAUAGGAGAUGAGGUGUGCUAUGUUACUGCUUAUAAUGACAGUGGAAGUGUUUUCGUAAUAGACGUCUAUGGAGGUGUGGACAUGGGCCUGAAGCGCAGUGUCAGUGUAAAUCUUGGAAGCAAGAAGCCUCGUACUCAAGUGCUUGGAAUACCCAAGGAGGAGUGUUGUGAGGUACUACCCUGUACUGACAGUGAUACUGUGGUGAUCCACACAGACACAACGAUAUACUUUUAUCACCUUAGGGAGCAGAAGCUUGAGACACUGCAGAGUCCGGGACGAGUGGAUACUGAUAAGAGGUUCUUACCCUACAUAAACAGCCUCGUUAUGGUACACAAUUCUGGAGAAUAAGAAGUAGUACCCUG